GGACAAAAUCGCAAAAAAAGUUCCAAGAUCAGAUUGAAUCGCUGCGGCAGGUUAGACUCGGCUUUUGGGUGGUUCACCACGACACCAAACUCUUCCUACGCCGCCGCCAAGUGAAUCAACAUACAGCUCUGAGCAAGACAACAAUAAGUAAGUUCGCAAUGGACGAACCAAUGGCGGACGCCCCGGGGCCCCAGGUCAGGGUGACCUUCACAACAACGGAAGCGGAUCUUCAGCUUCACGAGAGCAAGCGACAGCUUCUCGUGCCCGCAGAUAUCCGGCGAUAUGGCUUAUCCCGCAUCCUCAACUCCGAGUCAAUGCUCGACACCGGGUCCAUCCCAUUCGACUUCCUCGUCAACGGCAGCUUUCUCCGAUCCAGCCUCGAAGACUACCUCACCAGCAACGGCCUCUCGCUCGAGACAAGUAUAACCCUACAAUACGUCCGCAGCUUAAUACCGCCCGUUUUCGAAGCUAGCUUUGAGCACGACGACUGGGUCAGCGCCGUCGACGUGCUUUCCGAGACCUCACCAUCUGGCCGCUGGUCGGGCGACGGUUUCCAGCGCGGCCAAGACCGGAUCCUCUCCGCUUCCUACGACGGCCUGCUGAGGAUAUGGAACGCUUCCGGCCAGGUCAUUGCGACCUCACCAUCUGGAAGCCAUGGUGGACACACCGCGAGCAUAAAAGCCGCCAGAUUCCUGACCAACAGCCAACUCGCCUCCGCCGGCAUGGACAGAGCAGUGCGAGUAUGGAAGUACACCGAAACCGACCAGUUCUCGGGUGAUCUCAAACCGACCCUCGAACUGUACGGCCACACCGGCUCGAUAGACUCCCUCGAAGUCGACGGCGCGUCUAAGCGCCUCAUAACCGCAUCAGCCGACGGCGCGAUCGGGUUCUGGAGCACCACCAAGAGCACCGCGCCGGAAGCCGACGCUUCUCUCCUCCCCGGCGCUGGGGCCGCCAAACGGCGCAAAGUGACCUCCUCCGUAACCGCCGCCCAGCGCGGGCCCCUUUCGCUCAUGCAGAUCCACAACGCCCCCGCCAGCGCCGCCAUCUUCGACCCGCGCGACCGCACCGUCGCCUACUCGGCUUCGCAGGACCACACCGUGCGAACCAUCGACCUCACUACCAGCAGCGUGGUCAGCACGCUCACCACCUCACACCCUCUGCUCUCCCUCUGCGCAAUCGCGCGCUCCGGCAGCACGCCCUUGCUCGCGGCGGGCACCGCGGCGCGCCACAUCACGCUGGUCGACCCGCGCGCCAGCGCGUCCACGACCUCGGUCAUGACGCUGCGCGGGCACACCAACAAGGUGGUCAGCCUGAGCGCGUGCCCCGAGAACGAGUACUCGCUUGUGUCGGGCGCGCACGACGGGACGUGUCGGAUCUGGGAUCUGCGGAGCGUGCGGCCGGCCACCAAGGACGAGGGCGGCCUGGGCAGCGUCAGCGAGCCCGUCUACGUCGUCGAGCGGGAGAGCAGGCAGGGCAAGAAGAGAGCUGUUGCUGGCGAGGGGUGCAAGGUGUUCAGCGUGGUAUGGAACAAGGAAUUGGGGAUCUUGAGCGGUGGGGAGGAUAAGAAGGUGCAGGUUAACUCGGGAAGGAACGUCCUCGCCAAAUAAAGCGGCGGGCUCUUGUUGAAUACUGAUACGCGAGUGAUAGAGAGGGAGGAGAGAGUGUAUGUUCGGUGUGUAAAGGCCAACGCGAGAUUAUACCCAAAUACGAAGGUGGAAGACUAGCUUGGAGUUGGGAUGACGCUGU